GAAAAAUCUAAAGCUGUUGUAGGUGUAGACGUCUUAUCGAGCUAAAAAAUAGUGUGACUAGCCGAGUAACCUCGGAGAAGCUCGAAUCGAGGUAUCGGAACUCGAGGAAGCAAAUUUCGAGCUCGUUUUGAAUCUGUCCCUGUUCGGUUGCUACCUCAAGUUAGUGGUGAAUCGGUACCGCAUCGGUUGUUACGUGAAGUCGCUUAUCUCGUUCGGAAAAGGAUAUCUGUUGCGGCAAGAAAGAUAGAACUGAAAUAGGCAAGAAAGUGAAUGUGAAUAUGAAGUAGGUAGGCAAGAAUGUCACCUCCUCACGAACAUCAACGUGGAAGUAACUGUAGGUGAUGAUGAUCCAAAUUUAUUGGACUCAUGUAGGUAAAUCGAUACACUAAAGAUAGAAAGAAAGAUGUACCGUCCUUCAUUCACGCGGCCCCGUCGGGGGUCGUCGCCGGCUACAUCCGUGAAAUUGAAGGCGGCCGCGCUGCGACGUGCAAGCUCGCCACAUCGACUGCCAAGCAGUGCAGGUCGAAAAAGCGGGAUAAAUAUGUAUAAGCAAUUUCAUCAUGUUAUGGCUGCAUGGGACAAUAAACAAUAGUAGUUGUUCUUUCAUGUUCGCUCCUCUGAGAGAAAGAGUGGAUGUGAAAGUAAGUAGAAUCUUGUUCAGUUUUCCUACUUCUAGUUCAUAGUUCAUAGUUGGAAGUCAAAACUGCUUCUAACCAAAGCCCUCUUCCACUACAUAGUAGUUCUUAGUUCAUAGUUGGAAAUAGAGACUUCUCCUAACGACCAAAGCCCUCUUCCACUACAUAGUAGUUCAUAGUUCAUAGUUGGAAAUCAAAACUUUGAAAAAAUCUUCUUCUAAGCAAAGUUUGCCUCCCCGCAGCAGCUCACCCGGUAGCCGGCCUCUCCGUAGCUCCCUGAUGUCUCAACUUCCUAGCGACGCCCACAGUGAAGGCGAAGAGCAAGACCAUGAGACCUUUGCGCGACUCGAGGGUCAUGUCAAAUUGAGAAAGAGACACGACGCUCUCUUGGACAAGCAUGAAGAGGCGGAGAAGUCAAGGCAGGUUCUGGCGGAUAAAGUGGCGCUUUUAGAGCGUGACUAUGCAGACUUGCAUGACCGGCACUCGAAGUUGCAGAUUCUGUUAUGAAGAUUAUAGUACUUAAAAUAUGUACAUGAUUGAAGAUUCCGAAAAAAUGUUGACUACACAAUUUACCAAGUAAUUGUAACAUCCUCGUGUUACUAUCUCGAUCUACAUCACAUCGUGGCAUCUAAAUAAUAUCUUUUUCCUUUUCUAACCCUCACGGCCGCCCACGCUCGACCAAACGACGCAAGUCCGACGCUAGGGAUACAGCGAGCGAAAAACUUGCUGAGUAAAGACAGCGCAGGAAGCAGGUCAUCAAAGGCGACGAACCUGCGAGAAGAACGUCGUAGAUCUUCUUCGGGAAGUAGUAGAAGUAGGAAAUCCAAGUCGCCUGGUUCGCGUUCAUCCGCAGGUGGUUUGAGCGGAAGAAGAAGUCCACGAAAUGAGCUUCAGCUCUUGCGCGAUUUAUCUGCAACCAGAAACGAAUUCAGCAGUCACAAAAUGGAACACGCAGCUCUGCAAGCGAGGCAUUCCCAACUUGUGUUAAGGCUCCUUCUCGAGAUGAAUUUGAAUAUCUGAUAGAUCAUUGAGAUUUUUGAGAUGAGAAAAUGGAUUGGAAUAUUUGUUCGUCUGAUUAUGACUGUCUGUCAAGAUAGAAGAACUCAACAUAGCGGGCAAAGAUUCGUAAACGACAAGCAGUCUACACAAUCCUAGUAGAACUGCUCAUACAUUAAAAGCGUUAGUUUUCACCUCUAUCCCUGGGCUUAUCCCUUCAAACAACGUACAUUAAAAGCGUUUUCUUGUUUCAGAAGUAAUUGCACAUGCACUACGACCAGCACCACCUAGAGUCGAUGUCGAUCGAGUAGAUUUCACUCUUCUUCUAAUCCCCGACCAACACAGAAAGCUUCUUGGCACAGUUCAGAAGGCAGAAAAGGACAGCAAGGCACUAGAAUCGGAAGUGGCAAAAGCGAAGAAACAAUUAAGGCUUUCCCUAACCAAUCAAUCUCUAGGAGCGAGCAUGAAGACACAUAGAUCUUAAGAGGACUGUUGGUUUCAUAAGGGGAAAAGAAAACGGCCUCAAGAUAUAUGAGCCUUGAGAUGGAUUCGGGUGCGUUCUAAAACAAGUGGCAGCGGAACGAAACUUGCGUAUCAGCCUCAACAAACAAGUGGAAUAUCUGGCAGCAACUGGUGCAAUGUCAAAGAAGAGCCAUGUGAAGACCCAAGACGCUACCUCAGCUAUCGUGAACAGCUUGCGAGAUCAAGUCGAUAGAAUGGAUAGAGAUGAAGCGUAUUCUGUUGCAUCAGUUUUUGCUUUGUUUCCAUUUUGCUUUUUACCUAGGAUCCUAAGUAGCAAGAGCAAGAAUUAUUAAUUAACUAUGUUUCACAAAUAUAUAAAAUCCCAACCCUGCACCUUGUUUUACAAUCUCAGGCCCCAGCCUGCACCCAAAGUAAAGGAUUUGGAACAGAUUGUGGCCGCCUUGCCGUUGCCGGAAUUGAAGGGAAAGCUGGAGGUCUAUCUGCAUGACAUGCGGAUGCAAUUUCGAGACCAGUUUUUAAGGGCUUUGGAGGUUUCCACCAAAUUUAUUAGAAUUACAUCUACUUCUAUAGUAGACACUUACAAACUUUAAACAUCUGAACAAAUGAAUAAGUAACCUCCUCCCAUAGCAGGAAUUCGUGGCUUUUUCCCCUUAGUAUAUAUGUUCCAGGGCUCAGGGCGGGAGGCCCCCCCCCCGAUCUAACUUUUUGAAGGGGGGGGGCCUCCCCGCCCCGGCCCCUCUUUUCGAGGGGCUGCCGGGGGGGAAGGCCUCAAAGCGCCCACUUCUGACCCCUUCCCGCUUCUUGCAUGUACGCUACAGACCUGGCAAAGGUGGCAAAGGCUGGGCCCUCUUGUCGUGUUGCGUGUGCCCAACCCUACGCCAAGGGGGUGGGUUCCCGCCUUUGCCCCCUUUGCCAGGUCUGUAGGGUACAUGCAACAAGGCAGCGGGGCCCUGCCUUUGCCUCCUUUGCCAGGUCUGUAGGGUACACGCAACAAGGCAGCGGGGCCCUGCCUUUGCCCCCUUUGCCAGGUCUGUAGGGCACACGCAACAAGGCAGCGGGGCCCUGCCUUUGCCCCCUUUGCCGGGUCGGUGGAUACAUGCAACAAGGCAGCGGGGCCCGGCCUUUGCCACCUUUGCCAGGUCUGUCGGGUACAUGCAACAAGCCAGCGGGGCCCUGCCUUUGCCAGGUCUGUAGGGUACAUGCAAGAAGCGGGAAGGGGUCAGAAGUGGGCGCUUUGAGGCCUUCCCGCCCGGCAGCCCCUCGACAGGCCUGGCCAAUAAGGUGGCAAGGCUGGACCCCUCUGGCGUGGUCCACCCCAGAUCCAUCCACAGGGGGGGGGGGAGGGGGCCUCCCUCCCUGGUACAUAUAUAAGUAUGAGGCUGUGCUGCAAAUCUUGAUUGGCUUUUGCCCGUAAAACGGCGAAGGUUUAGGUCCAGCGACGCUCAAAGCACUAAAUAUAUAGAGCAGCCGGUUAGUUUUUACCUCCAAAACUUAGGCUUAUCCCAUGGAGCAACUACCUUGUUGAUUCCCCAGCACAAGCACUAAUACUAAACCAUCCUAAUUAACAAUGACCUAACUAAGACACCUCCCAAGGAAGUAGCUGUUCUACUGAAAAAUAGAGAUGUACUAAACUAAUUAAUAAUACGUAACCUCAACCCUCUCUUUCUAAAGUUUGUCGCUCUGUAUAAGGACAAAAACGCGGAAAUUGAAGCUCUGAAGAAGAGGAUUCAGGGUCACGAGACCAUUCACGAGGAAAUGGCCAAAGACCACGCCGAAAAGAUUGAGGACGUCGCUGCUAGUACAAGACGAAAUUCAAUUAAGGCUUAGCGAUGUUGUAACUGUGUAAUUCAUCACUGUACAAAGUAAGUAUACGUUGUCUUCUUAAGUGUAUAGUAAUGGUGGUCUGUGACUCUCCUAUUUACUAGUCUGGUACAAGCCUUUUAUCACUAAGACAUGCUGUGCCUUCAUCUACGUAAGGGAGAGAAGCAUGGCUUUGGCCGUAGUUUCUUUCAUCUCUAAGGAGAAGAUCAAAACACUUCAAAGAUCAUGAGAGAGUGUCAUGAUGAAUCUCAAUCUGAUCUAGGCAAGCCCAAGCUCUAAUUUUAGACGAGAAUUUUCGAAAAAACAUGACGAAAUGGCACAGGAGAUAGAAAAUUUGAAGAAAAAGAAAGCAGAAGAUAAGGAGUUGAUGAAAACGGAGCAAAAAUUGUUGCAACAACAAGUGGAUGCGCUAUUGUUGGAAGUCGCUGAUGUUAUGAAAACGUAGUCGUAGAAUUGCAAUUGAUUAAGAUUUUUUUAUUUUUGAGGAAGCUGCUCAGGUAACUCCACCUCUAGGAUGAUUGAAGCAGUAUACUCUGCUUCAGAGAGUAUUGACAUCCUCGCCCAUGAGCAUGACUGUGGCCACAAACCACUUUUUCUAUGAAGCGUCACCAAGGAAUGCGCGUAGGUAUGCUUGUGAUGUUAGUCGUUGACGUUGAGCAUGAGCUGUCCUCGCUUCCCAUGACUACACUGCGAACGCGCUGUCAUGGCCCUCGACUGAUUAUAUAAUCCCUCGACUGAUUAAGAUUAUAUCUUCUGAUGUAUCUACAACUUCUAAAAAUUCCGGUCGCGCUCACGAGGAGCAAGUGCAGGCGCGCAUUGCGAUGGAAAACACGCUGAGGAGCAUGUUUGGGCAGUUGGAGAAAAAGCAAGACGAAUUGCUCUCGAUGACUUUUGACGAAUAUUCCGAUGGAGAUGUUGGAGGCUCGCCAACAGAGGAACAACUUCUCGAGGAAAAGCGCUUGAAUCGGAGAAGUAGAGCAUCGGCAAUUUUCUUCAAGAAGAGACCUAGCACGAAGAGCACAGCACCUUUUCAGGAGGUGCCAGGUGGAUCUGAGGAUAUUAAGGCGACAAAUUAUAAGGGAGAAGGCGAAGCUACCCUGCCACCUGUUGUUGAUGGCGAAGAUGAGGCUACUGCUGAAGCUGAAGAUAAGGAGAAGGACGAUACGAAAAACCGGUCUUCUUCUAGAAAAAGCAAAGCCCCAUUAGUGAUUGGAGGUGACGGUCGUGAUGUCCCUAAUAAAGACGCGGCUCCUGCUACCACUGGCAAGGAUCAAGACCAAGAAAACAAGAAAAAUAAGAGAAAAAGCACGACGACCAAAAACAAGAAUAAUGACAAUGACACAGUACUAGGAGUAGAUGGCCUCGGCCUUGCUGAAGCGAGUGUGAAGAAGAAAAAGAGACAGGUAGAUAGCGUCUCAGAGCGUCUGCGUGCUUGGGAGGGCAUGCAAAAAGACCUAGAUGAAAAAACUGCACGCAUCACAGCCAUGGAACAGGAGUACAUUGCGACCAUGGACGAUUUGCGACACCAACAAGAGUUUCUCUCCCAAAAGCUGCAAGAGCAGAGUGCUAGUCUGCUACCUCAAAUAUCGAAACUACAAGAGGAGUUAGCGUUUAAGACAGAACGGGUGACUUUUCUGGAGCACGAGUUGGAGCACGUGGAGAAGUUGCACGAAAUUGCUGUAGCAGAGGAUGCAGAGAAAAAAUUGCAGGCUUUGGAUUAUGGCGCUGAGGGGUUUGACUCUGUAAUCGGUUAGGUCCACUACGAGUAGACACUACAACUACACCCAGUGGUCCCAGUGAUCCUAUCAGCUUACUUCAACCCCGGGUUCACCUUGCCCCCGCUAUUAUUAUUCUUUGCUUCUAAUCCCUACAAGAUAAGCUGCGACAGGAGAUGAAGGCACUGCAAAUGCAGCUCGACGCUGCUCACAAGGACUUGGAGGAGCAAACUGAGGCAAAAGCAGGCCAAGAAGUACAGCAUGCGGCUCUAGACGGUAAGAUCGCCAAUCUAGAGGCCCAAAAACAACGUCUGCUGGAAACGGUGAGGCUGCGAGACCAAGAGAUCGCCAAGAUCAAAGCCUUGGUAGACGAAGUGCACCCCGUCAUUAAGGGUUUCGUCCAUAUUUUUACAUCCCCCACUACCACUACCAUGAUCCUUGGCCUAUAAUUCACUAGUAUAGAAAAGGUCAAGGAUGUUCUGAGGAAUGUGCUUAAUUCUGCAACCUCUAACGUCAUUGCACAAGCGGCGGCUGCGGUGGUCGGUGCAUCAGCGUCUUCUGUGGGUGGAGGUGCAGCGCCGGAAGCCAAUGCUUUGUUAGAAGGACUUUUUUUAGGUCCUCUUUCUGGCAGUGAUCAGAAUGCACACGACGAACACGCACAACAUCCAGACGAUCCACAUUCGUCUGCCCAGCCUCGGGGAGGAGGGAAUCUGCGUGCCCGAGCCGCGAUGUUCGAGAGGCAAAAUAAUCCUGCUUCAAGUUCAAUACCAGCUUUCUUACGACAUAAAUCUACCACACACGGCAAAGGUGGUAAAGCAGGAGGAGAUGCAGCAGCUGCAGGAGGUGGAGAUCACCAACAUGCUGAUCGUCCAAGUAGUACAGCUAGUCUUUCUCCCGGAGAUGGAGAUCGCCAAUCCCACUCACCUGCCUUAGAUGAAAAAGAAUCUGCGAAAGAAGCAGCAAGGCAGAGUCUAUCGCAGGUAAUAGCGCAGAGGAAGCGUGAGCGAGAGGAAAGAGAUAAGCAUGUUGAAGAGAUGAAAGUGCGCGAAGAAGAACUCAAGAAGCGAGAUGAAGAAAUUGCAGCGCAUAAAAAUUAUGCCAGCUGUUCGUUAUCGUUUCUCUUGUUUCAUCUGUGAAUUUAUUCUAAGCAAUUAUUGACUUUGACAUCUUCAUGGGUUUUUAGAUUUGGAUCACAUGGUCAUUUCUAGAAAGUGAGUGUUUCUCCUUUUCUCUAAUCCCCAGAACUUGCUGACGCACGAAAGGCGCAUAUUGAGGAGAAGGAGUUCCUACAAAAGCGCCUUGACGAAGCAGCAGUGGGUAUGGUACCCCCAGAGUGGAAGAAGGCGGUUGCUCGCCAAACCAUCGUAAAGCAAAAGGUCUCUAGCGAAGGAGGAUACGCUGAGUUUCAUAGCAGGAAAGAAAUGCUUGAGAAAAAGGAUGCGGGUAGAGAAAGCGAUGAUGAAGAACUAGGGAACAGUACGGAUCAGAGUUUUGUUGAGGGUGGUGAUGGUGCUCCUAGCCAACAACUACAUGUACAUCAUGAUGAACAUCUUCACGACCUCGUUGCACAGAGAUUAUACGAUCGAGAGCACCAGAGCUAUAGUACUACCAAAGUAGGAGGUAAGCAAGGAGCUACGAGUACGACAGGCUCCCAUAAUGAUCAUGAACAUGCUCAUACUCGUGUACCUCCUGACGACCUUGAGCAACUACAUCGGCAUCAUCUCUCAGACGGCCAUGGUCACCUACAACUGCAUCCACCUCAACACAAAGGUGGAAAAGUGCACAGUAAGCACUUUAAAGGGCCUCACGGACAGCACGAUUCCAUUCAUCAAUUUAUUCUCUCGUCUGGUACCGGUGGUGCGCACAUGAACACCAAAGGUGGAAUCAUGAGUGCUGUAUCAUCUUCAUCGCAGCAUCAGAAGAGUGCUGUAGACCAGAUGCGAGGAGGCGACCGCGACUUUAUUCAUGGCAAAAAUGCCAAGGGCCGUACACAUGCUAGCGCACCUCGGCGUGCUCUUCACCCUUCACGGGAUGGCUUUACCAUUCUAAAGCACGAUGGCGACGACUUCGAUGAUGUGGACGAUGCGAGUGAAGAUCAGGAUGAGCGUCCGAAACACGAUCACUCUCCUAGUGCCGCAGAGCAAAGUAUUCGAAUGCUGGAAGCAGACAAACCUGGAAGUGGUCCACCUCUACAGAUUCAUCAUGUUAGUGGUGAAAAAGGUAAGGGUAAGAUUUCUAAGGGCGUUGGUACUUCCAUUGGGAAGCAAGAUACACAUCAGCAUCCCCAACGUCAUGAACAACAUCACGUAGGUCCGCCUCUGUCGCAUCCAUCUAAAAACAGAGAUGGAGAUCAUCAUGAUGGUCAAGAACAGCCGCCUUCUGGCGCAAGUACAAGAGAGGACGACCACCAACACCACGUCAACGCGGGGGAACCUCUUCUUUCCGUUGAGAAUUUCAUGUUACCAGCUAUGCCUUCGUCCAGUAGCCUCAGAACAGAUGCACAUGUCCACGAGACGUUGCACGACUUCCAUCGUGCUGCAGUCGCCAGAGAGGCGGAAGAGGAUGCCUUGAAACAUGCUCGUCGUCAUCACGUUGUGGACCUAGAGGAAAAUAUCGAAGACGAUGAAGAGCAAUAUCGGGAAGAGCAGGAAGAAGCUGCCAUCCUACAAAUAGAUAGAACUUCUACCAAAGGAGGAACUACAACAGGAAUUGGACGAACUGGAGAUCAGAAUACGCCUAGAAUAAUGAAGGGCAAGGGUACCAAGGGACAAAGAGCGAGAGCCUUCGUGGUCGAAGGAGAAGCUGCGUCACCAGAAGAUGAAGUUGUAGAAGGAGGAGAAGAAGAAGCGGGGUUUGUCGACGGUGAGGAAGAAGAAAGAGUAGGACGAGAAGAAACAGGAGGAUCAUCAAGUAAGAAAUCAUACGAACAAGGGAUUUCUUCUACUACCAAAAUAGAGAACAACGACAGGACGAGUCGUCAACAAGACCCGGAGCAACGCGAGAAGACGCACACAAUCGCUACAACGUCUCGUCCACCUCCAAGCAAUAUACCACCGCGGCGAUCCCAUAGUCCACCGUCCCCGGACACCAGACCUCGUCCUAUUUUGCAGAUGGGCACGACCACGUCCUCGGCGAUGAAGGGAAGAGAAGGACUGAGUGGGAGAACAACAGGUGGAAAAGUUGGAAAGCCGCAGUUACAGCCUCAACAAGUGGGGAGCAAAGGCAAGCCUCCGCGUCCUAAGAGUGCUCCUUCAUCAGCAACCGAUGACGUGCUUCAUUCUUUGAUGUCGACAGGUGGAACAAAAGGAGGAGCUUCAUCUUCGAAGUCGAAUCUUAGGGGACAACGAGGGUCUGCUAGUGCCAGUGAUGAUAUGGGUGGUAGAACUAGAAGUGACUCUCGUCAACAAGCAAAUACAACUAGUAAAGGUGGAACUUCUGCCAGACUCAGAAGAUAUCCUUCGGAGUCUGAUCACAAUUAUAUGAACACAACAUCAACAACAUCGGAUGAUCGAACACAGCGUCAAAGUGAUAACUUGAAGGAGGGCUCGAGGCACACGCAAACAAGUACUACUCCUAGUCGGAGAAGCAGCGGUAUCUUGUCGGAGAACAACUCAUUGUUGAGUCGGUCACCUUCAGGAGGACGUAGGGGUGCUGGUCGAGGACCUUCUGCGACGCAAAAAGGACUUUCAUCUGCUCCCAAAAAGGGCAGCUCAUCUGCUGCUUACAGCUCACCCUCGCCAAGCGGAGGCGAUAUCGUUGACAAGCCUAGUACAGGAGCACAAAAACGGCCUCAAACGUCUUCCGCCACACCAGGAGGCGGUGUGGGUGUGAUAUCGCAAAGUGCGCUGAACUCAGUCCUAGAACCUUUAAUAGGUGCUUCAAAGGUUGAAGGAGCUAAGAAGGGCAACAAGAGGGAGUCUUCUUCGCCCGAUGAUGCACAUGCGGGUGCGAACAACAACAUGUCGUCAACAUCACUGGAGGCUCCCGCACAGGAAGACAACGACAGCGACACUGUUGCUCCAACUCAUCAAAAAGGAAAUCCAAAAGGAAAAAAGGGCGCGAAAGCGCCUUCCUCUUCUGCUUCCACUACUGCACCUCAACCGCAACCUCAACCUCAACAAGCUCAGCCUCCACCUCCACCUCCACCUAGUAGGUCUUCUCAAGAUACUACUCCAGCGCCAGUGCCCGUCUCACCACCACCUAAGUUGAAAGUCAGUGGUUCCCGGAACUCCUUUUUCCUUUCUGAUCGUGGAGCUGAGCGCUUCUUGAAAAUGCAAACCCUCUUACGCUGGAAAGUGGUACAUGAAAACUUGAAACGAGAUAGGAAAAUGCGCAGUGGUCGCGGUGUGCAUGUUAUAGACGAAGAUAGCGAUAACGUCGAUCGUACUGAAGAGCAGCAAGAACUAGAAACUACAUCUACUUCGCGUGCAAUAGCUGCAGCUGCAGCUGGCGGAGCUUUUCUUGAACGGUCUAUGAUUGCGACAUCAGUCGUAGUUCCAGAUGGGCAGCACAACGUGGAAGAUAUUGUAGCAGCAGGAUCUGUAUCUGGAAGAAGUCAUUUGCGUCAUGAGCUGUCUCAGAGGAAUAACAGUGGAGAAGGCGAGGCUAUAGAGGAACAACAGCCACCAGUGCUGGAGGGAGGUGGGGAGGAUUCUGCAGUAGUUGAUGUGGUAGCACAAGAUGUUGGGCAAGAUCAGGAGCAAGUUCUUCCUACUGCCGAUGCCAGUGCGAAGCCUGAUGUUUCGUCGUUGCUUCAGAAAUUUGGAGCAAAAAGUGGUACUAGUAGCAAGAGUUCAAAAGAAGAUGGCAAAGCGAAAACCUCAGUUGUAAGUCUCAAGACUGGAGGUACUACAGGCAGUAAAACAUCUUCAAAGACUGAAAAAGAUCGUGGCAUCACAACCGCUAUAUCAGAAAAAUCUCCACAAGUUCAAGUAAAAACAGCACACGUUGAAGCAACGACUACAACUACUUCUACCACGUCUCCUCCUUUGCCAUCCGCAUCCGAAGAACAAGCCUCAACAACUGGAUCUCGGAAUAAGCGUCGUUCCUCUGUUGCUGUUGAGCUUGGGCAUCAUGUCCCGCAUCACAAGAGUAGACGGGCUUCUCACAUAGACGCUCUCCAUGCGCACAUGCACGAGAGGGAACGGGCUCAUGAUGAUAAACAGAAACAGAGAGAAGAAUGGGAGCAGGAGCAUCAGGAAAAAUAUAGAAAGGUCAGAGGAGGUGGACCACUACAAGAAGUAGAUGCGACAAAUGAUUCUAAUGGAGCAGGUCGUCGUGAAGGUACUAAAGGCACAGAUACUAGUAGGGGUACGAUAGGUACUAGUUUUGGUGGUAAAAGAGCAGUCGGCGACGAUGAUAACGACGACGAUGGCGCAUUGGAGUUAUCGUCUACUUCAUCGAGUGAUGACUUGUUCUUCGGUGCUGCGAAACCGAAAGCGAAGCUAAAAGAGAACAAAACCAGCGACAGAUAUACUGAAUUGAAGGCUCGCGUAUCUGCACACAUAGAAGAUACUAGGGAGAAGCAUGGCUACACGCCGCCUUCAAGCCGUGUAUCGUUGUUUGGAAAAAAAGAGACAAGCGAACGCGAAGAAAAUCAAGGAGCUUCAGGAUCGUCGAAGCCGUCUCUCGCAGAAGAUCCCGGUCUUCCUUCCACGACUACUCCCAUAGAUCACGAACAGGCUGAACUUGAAGCUCAAGCUCCUGCCUCGAACUCGACGAUGCAGCUGCCAGCACCGAAGGAGGGUCCUUCUUCUUCCUCCGCAUCGGCUACAAGACGACCGAGUUCCAUUCUGAAGACAGGUGCCUCAUCAGGUUCAAGAAGUGCGCCGAACAAGCAAAAUGGGAGUCCCAACAAUCCAGUUGUACCUCUUCGCAGUUCUCCACUUACGCGGCAAAAUGUGAAGAACCUGGAUGCUUCUUACGAUGCUAAGACCACAGUCGGAGGAGUAGGAGCUUCAUCUUCGUCUCCGUCUGCACUCGAAAAGCUGACUGAAUUUCAUCAGGAACAAAAACGGACACCUGCACCUAGACCUACUAUUACUUCUUCAGGAACAAGGGCAAGCCCAAAUCCUGUCAAAGGGGUAAGUUUUCUAGUGGAGACGCCGGUAAAUGCUUUGGGGCAGCCGCUUACUAGUGAAGAAAGGAUCGAACAAAAGAUGGACGCAUUGAUUGCUUCUCAAUUUGACCGAAAUUCUUCAAAAAAGAAAAAACGCGACAGAGAGGACGUGCUUGCAGACGACGACAAGAAUAAUGUGGAGGACAUCCUUGGCAUAACCAAAAAAAAGAAGAAAAAGAAAAAGUCAUCGUCUUCUAGUAGAAGUGGGACGAGCAGGAGUACUUCUAGAAGUAGAACUAACGACGAAGAUGAAGAACAAGAUGAAGAUGAAGGAGCUGAGGAAGAUGAUGUAGUUGAUGAAGAUGAUGGAAUAGACGACGAUGUAGUAGAUGAAGAUGAUGGACGUGGACAGAGAAUGUCGAACGAUGAAGAAAGAAAGAAGAAGAGUAUCAACAUCCUCGAUGAAUCCUCUUCAAAGUAUACAACUUCUCAUAAUAGGCAAGAAAAGCAAUCUCACACCAAGCAGAAUGAGGGAUCAUCGCCGCUCUCUGUAUCUGACUUCAUCGAUGGCAACUCUCCAGUCCCGCCAGACGGGAACAAAAACUUGCUCUAUUAUUCUGAGUUAGUCUUGAAUAGGAGUAUAAAUCAGGCGAUGGGAAUGGCGAACGCGAAGGAGCAGGAUGAAAUGUUCAGUGAUCAUUUUCUUGUAGACGACGACGAGGACUCCGAUUGUCUUCAUGGGAGAGAAGCAACUAGUCGAGUAAGAUCUCCGAAGGGAAAGAAUAACGCAAGAACGGCUGGAUCACAAGCAAGUGUAAGUCCCUCCAGAACUACUGCGGCCAACCUCCUUUACAAAAUCAAUCCUCCAUAUACAACGACAACAUCAACGACAGCAAGAUCUUCAUCUGGUGCCAGAGCCUCUACUGGCUUUACCAGGAGUCCUUCCAACUAUAUGGCCAAUACCAUUACCAACUGCGUGGUACAAGGACCCCGAGGACCAACGACCUCAGCCUCAUCAGCCAAGACCAAGUGUGCCACUCCUACAUCAACCUCUAGCCCAUUGAGAAGACGAAGACCUUCAGAAAAUCAGGCUGUGGAACAACAGACAGUAUCCAGUCCAUUGUUGCGAAGACCACUGUCCUCAGGAAAAAAGCAACGAAAUUCAUUCCUUGACAUCCUGUCUUCUCCUUUGAAAGAAGAAGAGGCAGUAAAGAGGAAAUCACCUGUCAGAGGUGGACGGAAACGAACUGUGGGACCGCCGCCUAUCAUGUGAGGAAAAAGAUGAUCAUGGGGAGGGGUUGAUCCUGAUUUAUCUUUAAUAGAACAACAAGUUGAAGUAGUUGAAGGAGUUACAAGUUGAUGUUUCGGUUUGGUAGAGAGAAAUUCUGAAUGAAAGAAUAAAAAAAGAGCUUUAUUUCAACAAUGUACAGAAAAAGUUCGUAGUUUGUUCCGCUUUGUUUUUAGUUAUGCUAAAUCCUUAUGCAGCAUCUGCUGAGACCCAACAAUACAUAGCUCAGAUGAAGAUGCGCUGUAAAGAAAAUACAACUAAAGAUAUGACUCAUUUAGGCCACAGUACUGAAUUUCCUAGAAAAAAUAUCAAUAUUAGGCAGCCUAAUUUAGGCUGGCCACACUACACAUCGAUCCACAUUUUUAGUUCUUGUUCCCGGUUACAGACAUCUACAUCUAAUGACUUCAGGUCCUUGAAUCCUUCAGUUCUUGUAAUUUGCUUCCUUCUAUUCAUUUCAAUUUCUACUGUUUAUGAUUAACAGUGACUUAACAAAAACAAAACUAGAGAAAUACAUUGCUUGGUAAUGGUAACAUCGUUUGCAGUUGCUGUGAUAUAAACAAGUAACAUUCGCUCUUUUUUUGGGUGAUUACGUCCACAGCGUACCUUCACGUGUGCUAUCGUCAGGGAAAUCUUAGGCAGACUCCCGAGUCGAUUCACAU